UGGAGAAUAUCAGAUAGAGGUGACAUAUCAGUUGAGUCUGUGCUGUGUGAACACUUUGGCCUUUAAUAUUUACAAACGGGGACGGCAGUAAACCAUCUGACAUCUGACACACAUGUCGGGCUUUAGAGUUCCUCUGAAGAGCAUUGAGGUGGAGCUGGAGGUGAGGGACCAUGUGGCUACAGUGGUCUCCACCCUGAACUACGAGAACAAGAAGAACAAACCAUUAGAGGCUGUUGUUGUCUUCCCUCUGCCUGGAGACGCUGCUGUCUGUCAUUUCAAUGCUAAGAUCGGACAGACACAGAUUGUAGCUGAGGUGAAGGAGAAACAGAAGGCUCGUGAGGAGUAUGAUGAUGCUCUGAGCUUUGGUCAGCGGGCCUUCCUAUUGGAGGAGAGUGAUCAGAGUCCAGAUAUAUUCUCUCUGAGUGUCGGCAGUCUGCCUCCAGGAGAGAGCGCCUCCAUCAGGUUGGAGUACGUGACUGAGCUGGCUGUGCAGGCUGAUGAUGGUCUAAGGUUCUGUCUGCCUGCUGUGCUCAACCCUCGAUUCAAUCCUCAAAUAUCGGGGUAUGAAAAACACUUGACACUAGCAGAAACCCUCAAAUUCAAACAUGUAAAAGGACACAAGUUUGACAGAGAUGUUGAACUGCUGAUUUAUUACAAAGAUGCUCACCAGCCCACUGCUGUGGUGGAGGCAGGACAGGCCUCUGCUGAGCCGGGCACUCUGAUGGGUGAUCCAGUGGUGAUGGUGAGUUUGUACCCUGAGUUCCCCCAGUCUGUGAUGUCUUCAGGGACGUCUUGUGGAGAGUUUGUGUUCUUAAUGGAUCGAUCUGGAAGUAUGGGCUAUCAUAAGAGUGUGGAGUAUAGCCAAGAGACCAUGCAGGAGGCGCUGAAGAAUGUUGAUCACAUGGAGGCUGAUUUGGGAGGAUCAGGGAUGCUGGAGCCCCUCAAAUAUAUUUACAACCAGCCUUGCAUUCCCAGUCACCCUAGACAGAGCAUUGAGGUGGAGCUGAAGGUGAGGGACCAUGUGGCUACAGUGGUCUCCACCCUGAACUACGAGAAUAAGGAGGACAAACCAUCAGAGGCUGUUUUUGUCUUCCCUCUGCCUGGAGAUGCUGCUGUCUGUCAUUUCAGUGCUAAGAUCAGACAGACACAGAUUGUAGCUGAGGUGAAGGAGAAACAGAAGCUGUUUGUCUUUACUGAUGGAGAGGUGGGAAACACCAAAGAAGUGAUAGAUCUGGUGAAGAAGAACUCAGAUUCCCACAGGUGUUUCUCUUUUGGGAUUGGGGAAGGGGCCAGCUCUGCUCUCAUCAAUGGGAUGGCAAAGGAAGGAGAAGGUCAUGCUCAGUUCAUCACAGGGACUGACAGGAUGCAAGCAAAAGUGAUGCAGUCGCUGCGAUUUGCUCUGCAGCCGACUGUGGUCGACAUCUCAGUCACAUGGGAUUUACCAAAGGAAGUGUCUGUCACUGUCCUCUCUCCACCAAUCACAGCACUUUUCCAGGGUCAAAGGUCACUGAUUUAUGCCCAGCUUACUGGACAGAGCUCAGAGGCAGCAGAGGGCUGUGUGACGGUGAAGUACAGCCUGGCAGGUCAUCCCUCUGAGAACCAGCUGCACUUCAGUCUCAGACCUGCAGAGGACACUGGAUUAACAGUCCACAGGUUGGGUGCUCGUACUCUGAUUCGCUCACUGGAGUUGGAGGAGAGAGAGAGUAGAGGACAGCAAGAUGGAGAAGUGAAGAAAAAGUUGGUGCGGCUCAGUGUCCAAUCAGGAGUGAGCAGUUCUUUCACUGCCUUCAUUGCUGUCAACAAAGACAACAGCAGGGUGAUCCAAGGACCUCUUGUGCGCAGAAAUAUUCCGACGCCCAUGACACAAAGAUUUGGAUCAGUAUUGCUUGGUCAUCCUAGAAUGAGUAAGUACAAAGCAGAGUUAUUGGCAUUGGAAGGUACGUGUGUGCAUGGACGUUUGCUGCAUCCCUGAGAUUUAACACAUGUAUACCUGCAGCUGAGUGAAUGAAAGCAGGGCAGUGAUAAUGUUAAGAGCAGAGAGACACGGCAGUAUCCCCGUAUUUUUAAAAAAUAGCAAUCAGAAGAUUUUAGUUUUGAGUAUGAAGAGUAUUAGAGGAAUUAUACAUUUGUUACUACAAAAGCAAAAACUAAUUGUCACACACAACCUGAAGACAAAGGCGGAUGAACAUGAAUAAAAGUACUUCAAUGAUAACUUAGAGCAGAACAUUAGAACCAGUUUAGAGGUUCCUGAAGUCAGAAUCCAAAAACAUGCCAGUUAAAGCAAAAUGUGGCUUGUUUUCUUCAAAGGGUUUGUUACAAAGAAUCAAAAAUACUGAUAGGAAGAAACUAAACACAGAAGAACAAUGAAUAAUUAAACAAUCUGACAAAUCAAGCAUGGUGAUCAAGCUUUGUAAAUACUGCAGGGACCAUGGAGGUAGGUGAGCAAGCAUCCGGACUGACCACAUGAAGAUCCCAUACAUUUAAUCAGUGUUUAAAUAAAUGACAUGAAAAAUGCCCUUUGAAAAAAUUCUUAUAAAAGACUUUAAUCUCA